ACAGUGACGACCCGCCUUUUUUUCUCAUUCUUGCCGCUGUUACCUGAAUCCAGGACGAUAUUGACACCAGGUACUCCGAUUAUCGAUGACUAGUGACACCGCCAAGACCCAGAAGUUGUUUGUACAGGUAUGCUGAUUUCCUGAUUUUCUUGGCUGAGUGUUUCACUCGGGGCACCGGUACCGCACAAAGCAUGUCCACUACAGAAAGCAAAAGGCGUAGCUGGUAUGCGAAAUACACUCCAGGCAGUCGGCCGAGCAGCAGCGCUGGGCAAUCUAGUCGACCAGGCAGCAGUGCUGGGCAUUCUAGUCGACCAAGCAGCAGCGCUGGCCUACCUGUACCCACUGAGGGCGUCGAGCUUUCCAUGACUUCACCACCAUCAUUCAUGGCAUCGUCCGUGAAUUCGUCUUGCGGUGGCAACGGUGCUUCGCCCGAGGCGCAUGUCAUCGAGACACCACCCCAUUCUCGUCCUUCUACGCCACGCAGAUGGUCUGCAUCACCUUUACUUACAUCUUAUUCCAAAUCACAGCAUCUCGACAAUGAGGCCUCGCAGCUCAUCGCCAACGCCCUAGAACGAACAAAUUCGGCGCAACAAUCUGCGCAUACAUCACCCAAGACUGCCGACAGCUCUCUGAAGUCUGGUUCUUUCGGUCGUAUGGCCUUCAGCUCCAUGAUUGGGGGACUGUCUUCAUUGUCACUCACUCGAACGAAUACGAAUUCGAGCUUGAACAGCAUGGUCGAAGAGAAGGAGAAGGAAAAGAAGGAGGACAAGGAGAGAGGGCGGACGCUUUCCAAGAUGAUGAACGUGCGUUCCGCUUCUCAGACUCCUGCCGCCUCAGAGCCACCGUCUCGAAGUCAAUCUCGUGCACGUUCUCAAUCCCCGUUCUCCUUCCGUCGUUUUCGACAUCGAGAGACAUCGCCAACUCCGCAGCCCCUCCCUCUCGGACAAUCUGAUGUUGACUUGUCAGAUUCGGCCUCGAGUAUCCGUCCCCGUAAUGCAUUCGUAUUGACUGACGCUGAUGACUCCGGUGAUGACACCGUUGGUGACGACGGGGAGACCGAAGAUGACGACUGGACCGACGAUGAUAUGUUUGAUCCUGUGACUGAGCGCAAUACCGAGCGUAAUGCCUUCAUUGAGCCUGCUGUUGGAGAUACAACUCUCCCUGGUGGAGACGAAAUAGAUGUGGACCCUGACCCUCUUGGAGAAGGUGUUAACGUCGUUGUCCCUCCUGAACCGUACUUCCCCAGCACCUUGAACUACGGACGCAGUGUUGGAGGAUCUAUCAAAGGCAGGCGGAAUCCCAGGCGGAGAAAGUCAGUGAAACACGAGCCUCCUCCACUCCAGACGUCGCGUCCUGUGUUCCAAAGGGAUCGUUGUACCAUAACCAUCACCCAAGGCGAUCCCGAAGCAAUGCUCGAUGGCCGACGGCCGAAACGCUACGUAGUUGCUAGCGACAUGAGUGAGGAGAGUCGGUAUGCAGUUGAAUGGGGUAUUGGUACUGUGAUCCGAGAUGGCGAUGAAAUGCUGAUCGUUACGGUGGUCGAAAACGAAAGCAAGGUGGAUCCAGCUAUCCCCAAUGCGGCUGACCGUGCUAUCAAAUUGAGAAGUCAGCAAGAGAGACAAGGUUUAGCUUAUAUUCUCGCCCGUCAGGCCACGGGUUUAUUGCAACGCACCAAGUUGAAUGUUACUGUGCGCUGCCAGGCAUGGCACGCUAAGAACUCUAGACAUAUGUUGUUAGAUAUCGUGGACCAUUUCGAGCCUAUAAUGAUGAUUGUAGGAUCUCGUGGGGUGGGACAACUUAAGGGGAUUCUUCUCGGAUCCACAUCCAAUUAUCUCAUUCAGAAAUGUUCAGUACCGGUGAUGGUUGCUCGUCGCCGGCUCAAGCGUCCUCCGAGACGGUCAGCGCAUCUUGCCAAGCAUCGUGCCCGUGUGUCCCUCGCAGAAGCUGGAAUCGAUCGUGUUGCAGCCAAGGUUGAUCAAGAUGUGAAAGUCAUGCGUGAUGAAAUACAGCGAGAUGAUGACCGUCGUGAUGCUGCGGGUAGCGCAGGCAGAUUUGCGACGGGGCACGGAUCGGUGCACGACGUCGAAGAAGAGGCUGAUGGGGAAGAUGAGGUCGACGAUGAAGAUGAUAGCCCAACUGGUGUUAAGGUGGCUGGUUAACUGCGCUUUUUGUUCCCUGGGACUUUGAUCUACGUUCGCCAAGUAUUGGGCCAAGCACUACUUUUAUAGAUAGCUUUAUUUAUUCAACUUAAUAGUACUUAGCCGGGAAGCAUACAAGUAUAUUCGUGCCAUUUUGCUGACGGGGAACACUGAGUAAUAGUGAUGACAGAAUAUUAUUGAUAAGAUAAAGUGCCGACCGGGAUGAUCGACAGUUUUCUUUCCUCUGCA